UGGGCGAGGGGGCGUGGCUGAGGUGAGGGCCCGCGGCGGCGGCGGGGCUGCUGCUGCUGUUGGUGGCUGGAGUUGCCGGGUUCGAGGGGGGCCUGACGGCCGAGAAGAUGGCAGCAGCAGAGGCAGGAAGCGGCGGCGGCGCCUUCCGGAUAGGCACAAGCCUGGCGGAAAUCGCGGCGUCGCUGGGCUCCUCGGAGCAGGCGCUUCGCCUCAUCCUGUCCAUCCUCAUGGGAUACCCAUUUGCCUUGUUCCAGCGUUAUUUCCUUUUCCAGAAAGAGCUCUACCUCAUUCACCUAUCCAACAUAUUAAUGGGGAUCUCAGUUGCCUACUUCAACUUUGGGACAAUGUUCUGUCACUCGCUCAUAUGUGUCUUAGUUCAGUUUCUCAUACUGAGGCUCAUGGGUCGCACAAUCAGUGCCAUCAUUACUACCUUCUGCUUCCAGAUGGUGUAUCUGAUGGCCGGCUAUUACUAUACUGCCACAGAGAACUAUGACAUCAAGUGGACCAUGCCACACUGUGUCUUGACUCUCAAGCUGAUUGGUCUGGUCAUUGAUUACUAUGAUGGUAGGAAAGAAGUGGAGAGCCUCACUCCUGAGCAACAGAAGUAUGUUGUUCAAGGAGUGCCUACUUUACUAGAGGUUGCUGGCUUCUCCUAUUUCUAUGGUGCCUUCAUGGUGGGGCCUCAGUUUUCCAUGACACGGUAUCAGAAGUUAGUAAAAGGAGAGUUGACAGAUGUUCCAGGCCAGAGACCCAACAGCUUUUUGCCUGCUCUUAAUCGCAUGAUGCUGGGCCUCUUCUUCAUGGUAGUCUACACUGUGGCAGGUCCAUACUUCCCUGAGGAAUACAUGGUCUCUGAUGAUUAUCUGAAUCAGCCUUUCUGGUUUCGCUGUGUUUACAUACUGAUGUGGGGCAAGGUGAUGCUCAACAAGUAUGUUACCUGCUGGCUUAUUACGGAAGGAGUCUGUAUCCUAACUGGUCUUGGAUAUAAUGGAAAAGAUGAAAAGGGGAAGCCCCUGUGGAACGCUUGUGCCAAUAUGAAAGUCUGGUUAUUUGAGACAACUCCCUAUUUUACAGGAACCAUUGCCUCUUUCAACACGAACACCAAUGACUGGGUGGCCCGCUAUAUCUACAAACGACUGAAAUUCUUGGGAAACAAGUUGCUUUCUCAAGCCCUCUCCUUGCUUUUCCUGGCUAUCUGGCACGGACUGCACUGCGGUUACUUGGUGUGCUUCCAGAUGGAGUUCCUCAUUGUCAUUGUGGAGAGACAGAUGAUUAGGCUGGUGCAAGACAGCAAACUACUGACUGCAUUGACCUCAAUCACUAUCUUGCGACCUGUCUUCUAUGUGCUUCAACAGGCAGUCCACUGGAUGUUUAUGGGAUAUUCCCUUGUGCCAUUUUGCCUCUUCAGUUGGGAAAAAUGGAUCAAGGUAUACAAGUCUAUUUAUUUCAUAGGGCAUCUAUGGUUCUUCACCUUACUCUUGAUAAUGCCUUACCUCCGAAAAAUACUAGUGCCACGAAAAGAAAAGAAAGCUGAGUAACAACCAAAAGAUUGUACCACGUGUGCAUUUAUUAUGGAGAUUGUUGAAGCAUCACCUGCCAAAUUUGCCAGCGUCUGCCCUUACGGAGUGACUAAGGGAGAAUAGAGCACAGGGGCUAGGAUCCCAGCACGAGGAGAAGAGAGGAACUGCUGCGAACUCCUCCUCCCCUUUGACAGAUUGCCUUAUCUUUCAACUUCUCUCCAUCGACACUCCUGUCUCUGGAAAUGUCAGAUGAUUGUAAAGCACUAAACGCAGCUGCCAUUUGAGAAUGGAGCCACUGCCUGACUUUUUCUACUUUCUGAUUCUGCUAGAUAAAGUUGGUCCCAGUUCAUUUUUCA